CAACACCACCAACAGCAGCCGCAACAGCAGCAGCAGGAGUUGCAUCAGCAGCAGCAGCAGCAGCAGCACGGGCGACCGCCGCGGCCGCACACGCAGCGUCCGCCGCACGCCCACCAGCUGGCGCCACAGGAGUCCGAUCCGAGUCAGUCGAUGCGUGGAGUGAUGGGCGGCUCCCUGAAGGAGCGCGACCUGGUGGGGCAGACGCCGAACGGCGCGACGACAAGAGAGCGUACGCAGAUGGAGCGCGCGAUCAACACGCUGGCAGAGUUUCUGCAGGAGGCGACGAAGCAGGGAGGCGGGGGUAACCAGCUGGCCGACGUCAUGCAGCAGGAGUCAAGACAAGCGACGCUCUCGCAGCCUCCGCCGGACAUCACGAGCAACACGAACACGGGCCAGCGUCGUACGGAGCGGCUGCAGCGCAGUACCAGUGCCACCGGCUCCCUGCGCAGCGGAGGGUCGAGCGGAUCGAGCGGCGGCGGCGACUCACAGCAAAACACAGGUGUGCGGUCGGGCAAGGUGUCCGUCCAGAGAAUCCAGCAGCUGUUGAACACACUGAAGCGACCGAAGCGGAAGCCGCUCUCCGAGUUCGUUACCAGAUACAGGAGGACGAACUUGAAGGACGAGCUUGAAGAAUUAGCCAAAAUGGUGAAUCCAAAUGCUCCGAAGCCUGAAGGAAGCCUAGUCAUACCUAUAUUAGGAGAACAGCUCUUGGAUCUCUACGCUGGAAAAUUGCUCAGUCGAAUACAGAAGGUAGCCUACGCCUUGCUCAACAAAACAGGCUCGAAGGGAGGAAGUCCGGUCAAAGUCGGUGAUAGGGUGGCGCUCGUGUAUCCGAACAACAACCCGAUAUCAUUCGUGUGUGCCUUCUAUGGAUGCCUUACAGCCGGGGUGGUUCCCGUUCCGAUCGAAGUUCCGCUGACUAGGAGGGACGCCGGCUCGGAGCAGAUCGGUUUCCUGCUGGGCAGCUGCGGAAUACAGGUGGCGCUCACGUCCGAGGCGUGUCUCAAGGGCCUGCCUAAGGCAAGCAACGGAGACGUGGUCACCUUCAAAGGCUGGCCCAAACUCUCGUGGUUUGUGACGGAAAACUUAGGCAAAGUUCCAAAGGACUGGAAGGGAGUGGAAAGAUUGCAGGAAGACACACCAGCAUACAUUGAGUACACGACGGACAAGGACGGCAGCGUGAAGGGCGUCACGGUGGCGCGCACGGCGAUGAUGUGUCACUGUCGCACGCUGACCGCCGCCGCAAACUACAGUGAGGGAGAGGUGAUGGUGACCGUGCUAGACUUCAAACGAGACGUCGGACUCUGGCACACUGUACUGACGGGUGGUGGAAACUACAGUGAGGGAGAGGUGAUGGUGACCGUGCUAGACUUCAAACGAGACGUCGGACUCUGGCACACUGUGCUGACGAACAGCCUGACGUCGCUGACGCUGCAGGACUGCGGCCAAGUGCUGCCCGGAUCUAUGAUGGUCGUGGUGGCGCUGGAGGGACAGCCGUACGUGUGCAAGACGGACGAGGUCGGGGAACUGUGCAUAUCCGCCGGCUCCACGGGCGGCAGCUACUGGGGCUUGCUAGGUCUCACCAAUAGCUGCUUCAAGGUGAGGCCUCUAACACCAGAUGGCGACGCGUGCUGCAGCUAUGAGUUUGUGCGGACCGGCCUCCUAGGCUUCAUGGGACCGGAUAGCGGUGUUCUCGAUCAAGGUGCUGAAGGAUGAGAGAAUCAUCAUCAUUGCCGAGCAGAGACCGGACUGCACAGAAGAAGAAAGUUUUCAGUGGAUGAGUCGAGUUCUGCAGGCAGUGGAUAGCAUACAUGGCGUCGGUGUCUACUGCCUCACCUUGGUGCCUCCCAACCAACUACCUAAAACGCCUCUCGGUGGGAUACACCUGUCGGAAACGAAGAAGCGCUUCCUCGAGGGGAUGCUGCAUCCCUCCAACCUGCUGAUGUGCCCGCACACCUGCGUGACGAAUCUACCGAAGCCCCGCGAGAGACAUCCAGUGAGAGACACGUUCUGCUCAUACUCUGUGAUGGAGCUUUGUAGCAAAGGCCUCGGAACCUCGAUAUCAGUACUCAAGGUGACGCUCGUCGAGAAGGGAAGUCCUCACAGCGUGGCCCUCAUAGAGUCCGGCAAGUUGUUGCCUGGAACGAAGACUGUCAUAGCUAAUCCGGAAACGAAAGGUCAAUGUGGAGACUCCCAUCUAGGAGAGAUCUGGGUGUACAGUCCGCACAACUCGAACGGCUAUUACAUGAUCUACGGAGACAACUCGCUGCAUGCUGACCACUUAUGCUCCUACCUCCUUCAUCUCCUCCUCCUCCUCCUCCUCCUCCUCCUAGCUCAGAUCACCUGCCAGCAGCUUCAUAAGAAGGCUGAGCGUAUCGGCUGUCUCAUGCUAGAGCGAGGACGACUCAACAUAGGCGAUCACGUAGCUCUCAUCUUCCCACCCGGCAUCGACCUCAUAGCUGCCUUCUACGGAUGCCUCUACAUCGGAGUGGUGCCGGUGUGCGUGAGAGACCGCCCCACCCCAGAAUCUGACCACUACCUGCCGACAGUGAAGAUGAUCGUGGAAGUCAGCAAGUCCGUCGCGAUUCUCUCCACGCAAAGUGUGAUUAAACUGCUCAGGUCAAAGGUGUCGCAGGGCCGUGAUGGCACGACAGGAACAUGGCGACGAUUUCUUCCGACACCGCCGACGACAGCCCGAGAAGAAGGCUGCCUGGCAGCCGGUUCAAAGGCGCCCUCGUCUGCUGACACGAUCGCCGUAGCCUCGACUUCAGCGUCUGCGACGACGGGAAUGCUUCGCGGCAUCAAGAUCUCGCACGCAGACCUCGCGCGACGGGAACAUGAAGACAGCCGUGACCGGACUGCCACCGGUUACCUGGGAUUCCUGCGUCGCACGGAGGCUGUCAACCAGGAUGGAGAGCUGCACGGCGUGUUUGUGACGGGGGCGCUGGAUGAGACGUUCAUACUGCGCGGCAUGCGCUACCAUCCGAUCGACAUCGAGAUGUGCGUUCAGCGCGCGCACAAGAAGAUCUGUGAAUGUGCGGUGUUCACGUGGACGAACCUGCUCGUAGUCGUCACGGAGCUGGACGGCAACGAACACGAGGCGCUCGACAUCGUUCCCCUCGUCACGAACGUCGUCCUCGAGGAACACUACCUCAUCGUCGGCGUCGUCGUCGUCGUCGACCCCGGCGUGGUGCCGAUCAACUCGCGCGGCGAGAAGCAGCGCAUGCACCUCCGCGACGGAUUCCUCGCCGACCAGCUCGACCCGAUCUACGUCGCCUACAACAUGUAGGCUGGCCUAAAACAUGUAGACAAUGUGUAGGCCCGUCUAAGACGUGUAGACAAUGUGUAGGCCCGUCUAAGACACGUAGACAACGUGUAGGCCCAUCUAAGACAUGUAGACAACAUGUAGGCAGGCCUAAAACACGUAGACAACAUGUAGGCUGGCUUAAAAAAUGUAGACAACAUGUAGACGCAUCUGCGCGACGGAUUCCUCGCCAACCAGCUCGACCUGAUCUACGUUGCCUAAAACACGCAGGCACGCCUAAAACAUGUAUGACUGCCUACAACAUGUAGGCCGGUCUAAAACAUGUAGGACUGCCUACGGCAUUAAGGACCACCUAAGACAUGUAGGGCUGCCUAAAAUAUGUAGGACUGCCUAUAGACAAAUAGGACCGCCUAAAACAUGUGGACCACAUGUAGGCCUGCUUAAAACGUAGGACUGCCUGCAAUGUAGGCCCGCCUAAAACAUGUCAACAACAUGUAGACCAGCUCUAAUCGACCUACGUCGCCUAAAACAUUAGGACCACCUACAGCAUGUAGACCAGCUCGACUCAAGCUACAUCGACUAAAAUAUGUAGGCCCACCUAUGAUGUGUUGGCCAGCCUACAACAUGUAGACGAGCCUGCGCGAUGGAAUCCUUGCCGACCAGCUUGAUCCAAUCUACGUCGCCUACAACGUGUCGUUUAGACCAUCGCCUACAUUGCCCACAAAGUAUAGACCACGAUCUACAUCUACGUCGCCUAAAACAUGUAGACCUUAAUCUACGUGACCUCCAACAAGUCACUGUCAUGGUCAUCGCAGCACUGAACUCCCUCUCAUUGAAGGGGGGGGGGCAACUGAGGAAACUCAAGUUUGGCAUGGAACGUCCACUCCCAAGAAACCUGGCUAGCGUUGCUAGCACACUGUAUCCUCUCACUGCAGGCAAAGGAAACUCAAGUUAGCAAUCGAGGUAACUCGCACACACUGUCCGAGCCCACUCGUAUCGAGAUAGGGUGACGGGCCCACCCAAAGAGGUAACCAGUUGCCAUCACUGUCGUCGCUAGAACGUGCUC